UAUGGAUCGUACAUGUAAGCACAUGCAAAGCUGGUCGCUUCGGCGACCGUUGUCAUUCUAUAAACAGGCGUCUAUUGAUGCCGGAAUAUAAGAUGUCUAUACCAACUGUUAUGCGAGACACACAACUAGUGGGCCAACACCUUUUUGAUCAUACACCAUAUGUUCGUGCUGAGAUUGACCGGUUUCUGGACAGAUUUGAAAAAAAUGAACGGCACCGUGAGUUUGAUGGAAUUCUUCGCGCGAGCCAUGCUCUAAUCGAAGCUGCUGAAACACCGGUUGAAGCUUUAUUCGAUGCCGGGAAGAUGACGACACUAACUGAUGAUGUAAAUCAACUCACAGAGCGAAUCAAAAAGCUCACUGAACCCACUUACGCUAAGGAACACGAAGAGUAUCUCCAAGACAUUGUGAACAAACAAAAAGAAUAUCUGGAUAUGCGUCGAGCUGAAGCGCAUCUGCAGUUGAGGAACUCGAUAUCGUGAUGAUUCUGCAAGCGCCU